CUGUCAUAAACGCAAAGCACCCACAAAAGUUUAAAGUGUUUUAAGUUCAUAGAAACAGAGCUCUGAAACUGCUCAUUUCAACUAACAUUUGUCAUCUUUUGGUAGUAGCUUGCUUGAAGUUAAAAUAUUCUGAUAGUAGUCGUCGACUGAGCUAGUGUCUUGGAGCCAGUAGAAUGGCCUUUGAGAAUGGUGAUACCAGUUCUAAUGAGGCCACCACGUCAAGAAGCAAAGAAGAGACGAAUAAAGGCUCCAACAUGAAUGGCGACCAACAAGAGUUGGAGAAGAGCAAGGAAAAAGAGAAAGCUAACAAGGUUCCAUUUCCCAAGUUGUUCGCAUUUGCAGAUUUUACUGAUAUAAUGCUGAUGAGCAUUGGCUCAAUUGGAGCUAUAGGAAAUGGCGUAUGUACGCCCGUAAUGGCAAUACUAGUUGGUGACUUGACUGAUUCUUUUGGACAAAACCAGAAUAACGGCAACGUGGUUGAUGCGGUUUCAAAGGUCUCUCUAAAGUUUGUGUACUUGGCAAUUGGUGCUGGAAUAGCGGCAUUCAUGCAGGUGGCUUGCUGGAUGGUUACAGGGGAAAGACAGGCUGCAAGAAUAAGGAGCUUGUAUCUGAAAACUAUACUGAGACAAGAUAUUGCUUUCUUUGAUAAGGAAUCAAACACAGGCGAGGUAGUCUCGAGGAUGUCUGGUGACACUGUUCUUAUACAAGAUGCAAUGGGUGAGAAGGUUGGGAAAUUCCUACAGCUCUUAUCAACAUUUAUUGGAGGUUUUACGAUAGCAUUUAUAGAAGGGUGGCUUCUCACCCUUGUAAUGUUGUGCGUUCUUCCUCCUCUUGUAAUAAUUGGUGGAACCAUGGCAGUCAUGGUAUCCAAGAUGUCAUCCCGUGGACAAAAUGCCUAUGCAAAAGCAGCAAGUGUAGUCGAACAGACAAUUGGCUCCAUCCGAAUUGUUGCAUCAUUUACUGGGGAGAAACAAGCCAUAAGUAAUUACAACAAGUUUCUUGUUACUGCUUACAAAUCAGGUGUUCAUGAAGGCUUCGCUGGUGGACUAGGUUUUGGUCUAAUGAUAGCACUUAUUUACUGCAGUUAUGCUUUGGCUGUAUGGUUUGGUGGCAGGUUGAUAUUGAACGAAGGAUAUACAGGGGGGCGAGUACUUAAAGUGAUUAUUGCUGUAUUGACUGGUUCAAUGUCCAUAGGGCAGGGGUCUCCAUGUCUGAGUGCGUUUGCUGCUGGUCAAGCUGCAGCAUUUAAGAUGUUUGAGACUAUAAAUAGGAAGCCAGAGAUAGAUGCUUAUGACACAAGGGGAAAAAUAUUGGAUGACAUUCGUGGAGAUAUAGAGCUGCGGGAUGUUUAUUUCAGUUAUCCUGCACGACCAGAUGAGCCAAUUUUUAGUGGAUUCUCCCUUUCAAUUCCAAGUGGGACGACUGCUGCUCUCGUUGGACAAAGUGGAAGUGGGAAGUCAACAGUUGUUAGUCUGAUAGAGAGAUUUUAUGAUCCACAAGCUGGUGAAGUUCUUAUAGAUGGCAUUAACCUUAGAGAAUUUCAGCUUAAAUGGAUUAGGGAGAAAAUUGGUCUUGUCAGCCAGGAACCGGUGUUGUUUACGGGAAGCAUUAAGGAUAAUAUUGCGUAUGGAAAGGAUGGUGCAACAAUUGAAGAGAUAAAAACAGCAACUGAACUCGCAAAUGCUGCCAAGUUCAUUGAUAAACUACCACAGGGACUAAACACUAUGGUUGGUGAGCAUGGAACACAGUUGUCUGGUGGACAGAAACAGAGAAUUGCAAUAGCAAGAGCAAUUCUGAAAGAUCCUCGAAUUUUACUGUUAGAUGAAGCUACGAGUGCACUUGAUGCAGAAUCUGAGAGGGUGGUGCAAGAGGCACUAGACAGGAUAAUGGUCAAUCGGACUACUGUCAUAGUUGCCCAUCGUCUGAGCACUGUGAGAAAUGCUGAUACGAUUGCUGUCAUUCAUCGAGGAAAAAUGGUUGAAAAAGGCACACAUUUCCAGCUACUCGAGGAUCCUGAUGGCGCUUACUCUCAGCUUAUACGGUUACAGGAAGUAAACAAGGAUUCAGGACAGGUUAUAGAUGGCCAAAACAAAUUAGAAAUUUCGAAGGAAUCCUUUAGGGUGUCUAGUCAAAGAAUGUCCCUGGGACGGUCCAUAAGUCGAGGAUCAUCAAAUGGAAAUAGCAGUCGCCACUCAUUCUCAGACUCAUUUGGUAGACCUGUUGGACACAAUGUGGCUGAUACUGCCAAUGGAGAUCCAGAAGAUCCUCCACCACCAACAGAACAAGCUCCUGAAGUCUCAAUUCGACGCCUUGCCAGUCUCAAUAAGCCAGAAAUUCCAGUUAUUCUCCUUGGAUCAAUAUCUGCUAUUGCAAAUGGCGUGUUAAUGCCAAUUUUUGGUAUACUAAUGUCCAGUAUAAUUGAAGCAUUUUACAAACCACGUGAUGAACUGAUAAAGGAUACAAGGUUCUGGUCAAUAAUUUUCGUGGUUUUCGGGGUAGCAGCAUUAAUCGCAAAUCCAGCCCAAACAUACUUCUUUUCUGUUGCUGGAUGCAAGUUAAUCCAACGGAUAAGGUCAAAGUGUUUUGAGAAAGUGGUUCACAUGGAGGUUGAUUGGUUUGAUCAGCCUGAGCACUCAAGUGGAACAAUUGGGGCAAGGCUAUCAGCAGAUGCAGCAUCAGUGCGUGCUCUAGUUGGAGAUGCACUGGCUCAGCUUGUUCAAAACAGUGCAUCAGCACUGGCAGGUUUGGUCAUUGCUUUUACUGCAAGUUGGCAGUUAGCCUUUAUCAUCCUUGCCAUAAUUCCUCUGAUAGGAGUCACUGGAUAUGUUCAAGUGAAGUUCCUGAAAGGAUUCAGCGCAGAUGCAAAGAAGAAGUACGAGGAAGCAAGCCAAGUUGCCAAUGAUGCAGUUGGAAGUAUAAGAACAGUUGCUUCUUUCUGUGCUGAGGAGAAGGUGAUGCAACUAUAUAAAACGAAAUGUGACGGUCCUAUGGAGACUGGAAUAAAGCGAGGGUUGACCAGUGGAGCAGGAUUUGGAUUAUCUUACUUCUUUCUGUUUGCUUUCUAUGCAACCAGUUUCUAUGCUGGAGCUCGACUUGUUGAUGCUGGCAAAGCAACAUUUACUGAUGUUUUUAGAGUCUUUUUUGCUUUGACCAUGGCAGCUUUGGGAAUUUCUCAAAGCAGCUCCUUUGCUCCGGAUUCCACCAAAGCUAAGGGUGCUGCUGCUUCAAUAUUUGCAAUUAUAGACCGCCAGUCAAAAAUAGACUCUAGUGAUGAGUCUGGGACAACAAUAGAAAAUGUCAAGGGAGAAAUAGAGCUUCAUCAUGUAAGCUUUAAAUAUCCUUCGAGGCCAGAUGUUCAGAUUCUCGGAGACCUCAGCUUGGCCAUUCAUGCUGGCAAGACUGUUGCUCUGGUUGGAGAGAGUGGAUGUGGAAAAUCAACAGUGAUCUCCUUGUUACAAAGGUUCUAUGACCCUGAUGCAGGACAGAUUACACUUGAUGGGGUUGAAAUUCAAAAGCUCAAAUUGAAAUGGCUAAGACAGCAGAUGGGACUAGUGAGCCAAGAACCAGCUUUGUUUAAUGAAACAAUCCGUUCCAACAUUGCAUACGGAAAGGAAGGGAACGCAACUGAAGCCGAAAUUUUAGCUGCAUCAGAAUUGGCCAAUGCCCACAAAUUCAUCAGCAGUUUACAAAAGGGCUAUGAUACGAUGGUUGGAGAGCGAGGAAUCCAAUUGUCAGGUGGCCAAAAGCAACGGGUAGCCAUUGCACGUGCCAUUGUUAAAGAUCCAAAGAUAUUACUUUUAGAUGAAGCUACCAGUGCAUUGGAUGCUGAAUCAGAACGUGUAGUUCAAGAUGCAUUAGACCGAGUAAUGAAGAACCGAACAACAGUUGUGGUGGCUCAUCGUUUAUCCACAAUUAAGAAUGCAGAUAUGAUAGCAGUGGUUAAAAAUGGAGUAAUAGUAGAGAAAGGAAAGCAUGAUACUUUGAUUAAUAUUGAAGGUGGAUGUUAUGCCUCUUUAGUAGCACUUCACACCAGUGCUUCAACUUCAUAAGCUUUACAUAUAAGUCUCUUCUAAUAUUUACAGUACUUUGAUUAAUAUUGAAGAUGGAUGUUAUGCCUCUUUAGUAGCACUUCACACUAGUGCUUCCACUUCAUAAGCUUUACAUAUAAGUCUCUUCUAAUAUUUACAAUUUUGGUGGACAUUUACUGUCUUCUGUUUUCCACUUAGAAGGGAAUUUAUAGCUUAAAAUUAUCUUCUGUUUCCUCUAUUGUUGUUCCAGGGUUUUAAGUAUCUUAUUAUAUCCAAUGUAUUUUAUCGGAAAUGAAUUGAAUAAAAAGUCCAAGAAAGUUACCUUACA